AUGGCAUUCCAUGAGAAUGUCCAAGACCCUAUAUUUCCGCAAGCCUUAGUUUUUAGACUUGGGGGUGAUUAUUGUGAAUGCAGUUUGGUUGAAUUUUCCUGGAGAAUAGGGUUAUACAAGACUCAGGAAGUUAUGACUCCAAAAUUUGUUAUGUUUUUGAGGGAGGCGACUCAAGUAUAUGAAAAUGGGGCCUCGGGGCUUGAGUUUUGGAACAAUACUGCAUCCGUAAUAUUCAAUUCUGGAGUGUCACCCGAGAGCAACAUAAGAUCCCCCAUUUACUUCUUAGUACACCGAUUCAUCACUUUCUCCAUGAAUCAUAGGCGUCAUGAGGAUAAGUUUAUGAAGCAAAAUUUGUUCUUUUUAUGGUGCAUCUUACAGCCAGGAGUGUGUUGUAACAUUCCACAUUUUCUGGCUUGCUUCUUGGCUGAUUCUGCUGCAAGUCCUCGCCCUGGGAGCCCUAUAUGUGGGGGCUACUUCAUUACUAGAUCGGCCCAUUCUUAUGGCUUAGUCGUUCCCAACAUUACCCGCUCGUUGACUUUCAUGGAAGGUAACAAUUUCACUAUGGGAUACUUGGAGACAUUGAGGGUUGUUCGGAAUUAUGGGUCUCAUUGGGGGCUUAUUGAAAUUGAUGAUGAGGGUGAUGAUGGAGAGCAGCCUGGUGAACAGUCUGAGCAACAACCACAGCCAAGGCAUCAGAUAAGGAAUGUGCGAGGACAAGGAGAGAGAGGGCAACCGAUGCAUCACCCCGCACCUAUGAGAGAACCAAAUUUUGGGGGUGAUAUGGCCAAGUAUUUCUAUUCGCUUUCGUUAAGUGUCAAUUGGAUUGGAGGGACUGUGGAAAAUCUGGUACAACAUUUGCAUGUGGAACAACCUCCUCACCUGGGGUAUCAUUACCCAAUUUGCUCUUGGUUGAGUGAGUAUCGAGGUCAAGGGGGAGAUGGAGCCGGUACAAGUGGAGCACAAGAUGAAGAAUAUGAUGAUUGA